CUCUCCCCCAGCGAGGCUUUACUGUGGGUCGGCUUAGGGAAAAGUCUCACUCAAUCAGCGUUAUGACCACUUCCUCGAAGGCGGGGUUCUGUUCCACCCACUCGUCGAUUUUUUAGGUGGCAGUCAGAGAGACGCUACGAGUCUGGUUUUGGAGCUGUUUCCUGCAGACGGAGCAAGGGCAAGAUGUGAUGCUGUUUGCGGUCCAUUAACCUACUCAUUAUUGGGCAUUUUUUGUUAACUGAGGUCUCUUCCUUAAACACCAGAAGGAGUAUGAGGCUGUAUGGAAUUUCAUAUACAGCAUUCUUGCAGCAAGGAAAGGCACACUUUUCACAAAUGCAACAUUAAGGAAAAGCCGCAGACUGUAGAGACCCACUGGAUUGCUCACUUGAGGCACAUAUUUCUGCUAAAUACACUGAGUAUUUUUUAUUAGCUUUAUUUUUUUGGCGGGUAAACAUAUGUUUGUAUUUUAAAUAUUUCAAGUGCAGAACAAAAAAAUUUGACAAAAGAGCAUUUUGAGUCGUGGCUUUAUAAAUGGGCCAAUUUUAGUUUUCAGAUGAAUCUGAAUAUACUCUUCUUCCGGUGGGCAUAAAGCUGUGUACACAAUGCGUGCUUAAGUUGUCUGGCCCUGAUAGAGCAUAUAAAAUAAUUUCACUUUCACUAAUUAUCCUUGCUGUGAAGACUUUCCUUCUGCCCUUAUCAUGUCUGAUACAGAAAGACAAUCCAUACCUGUUCCCACCUCUGGGUCCGACCUGGUGCCCCUUUUACUGUCUAUGGGAAAGAAGCUGUUGCUUCUGUUGCCCAUAUAUUUGUGCGGUUACUUGGGAAUGAGCAUAUUCUUUGUGAUUGCUGGCCUGUUUUUGUACCUGGGCUGGAAGGGUUCUCGUGAGAACAAGUUGAGCAGACUGAGGUCUGCGCAGGAGGCGCUGGAGAAGGAAGUAGCCGUCACUGCUAGCACCAUGUUCAUGAACAAGAGAGAAUUACCAUCCUGGGUCUCGUUCCCUGACACAGAAAAGGCAGAAUUCCUAAAUAAGAUUGUGGCGCAGAUGUGGCCUUUUAUAGGACAGUAUUUGGAGAAGUUGCUCACAGAUAGUAUAGCACCCACAAUCCGGGCCAGCAAUACACAUCUAUCAACAUUCUACUUCACGAAGAUCAAUGUUGGUGAGAAGGCUCCAAAGGUAACCGGAGUGAAAGCUCAUACAGAAUUUGACAAGAAGCAGAUAAUCUUGGAUUUGCACCUCAGUUAUGUUGGUGACAUAGAAGUUAAUGUAGAAGUAAAGAAAUAUUUCUGCAAAGCUGGAAUUAAGGGGAUGCAGCUGCAUGGGAUGCUCCGUGUUAUCCUGGAACCACUAAUUGGAGAUGUUCCUAUUGUUGGAGCCAUGACAUUAUUCUUCAUCCGUCGUCCGGUGCUAGACAUCAAUUGGACGGGGCUUACAAAUCUGCUGGACAUCCCUGGACUUAAUUUGAUGUCUGACACAAUGGUUAUGGAUAUUAUCUCUGGCUUCCUGGUGCUACCAAAUCGUCUUGCUAUCCCCUUAGCCAGUAAUCUUCAUGUGGCAGAACUACGCUCCCCACUACCAAGGGGCAUUGUCCGUAUUCAUCUUUUGGAAGCUCGGGACCUGAGUGCCAAAGAUAUCCAACUGAAAGGACUGCUGGCUGGAAAGUCAGACCCAUAUGCCAUUGUGCGCGUUGGGACACAAGUUUUUAACAGUCAGAUCAUUAAUGAGAACUUAAAUCCUGUCUGGAAUGAGAUGUAUGAGGUUAUUGUGCAUGAGGUUCCUGGACAAGAGCUAGAAGUGGAACUUUUUGACAAGGAUCCAGACCAGGAUGACUUUUUGGGCAGAAUGAAGAUAGAUCUGGGUGAGGUGAAGCAACAUGGGUCUCUGGACAAGUGGUUCCCCUUAAGUGAUACAAAAUCGGGGAGACUGCAUCUCAGACUGGAAUGGCUCACACUCAUGUCCAAUGCUUCACAGCUUAAAAAGAUAUUGGAGAUCAACAGAGAGAUAACUGCUAAAACGCAAGAAGAACCUUCUGCUGCAAUCCUAAUCGUUUAUCUAGACCGAGCACAGGACCUUCCUCUUAAGAAGAAUGUCAAGGAACCAAGCCCAAUGGUGCAACUGUCCAUACAGGACAUGACACGGGAGAGCAAGACUGUGCCCAGCAGUAGCUCUCCUGUCUGGGAAGAACCAUUCCGCUUCUUUUUACGUGAUCCAAACAUUCAAGACCUUGAUAUUCAGGUGAAAGAUGAUGACCGUCAGUACUCUCUGGGCUCUUUGUCAGUACCUCUGUCUCGGAUCCUGUCUGCUGAUGACCUUACAUUAGACCAGUGGUUCCAGCUAGAGAAUUCUGGAUCUAGGAGCCGAAUCUACAUGAAACUUGUUAUGCGGAUCCUGCAUCUAGACCCAUCAAACACCCUUGUGAAUGCAGAUCCGGAGAGCAUAAUUGCUGAGGAAGCUGGGUCUAGUGUGGAUAAGCCCCCAAGGCCAAACCAAACGACAUUUCCUGAGAAGUUUGCCACAGAAAAAUUGCUUCGGAUCUUCGUACUUGAAGCAGAAAACUUGAUUGCCAAAGAUAACCUAAUGGGAGGUUUAGUUAAAGGCAAAUCUGACCCCUAUACAGUGAUUUCCAGUGGAGGAAAAAAAGUACGCACACGUGUUAUAGAUAAUAACUUAAAUCCAUGCUGGAACCAAGCCUUUGAGGUAUUGGUUACUGAUAUCCCAGGGCAGGACAUUGUGUUUGAAGUGUUUGAUAAAGAUGUGGACAAGGAUGACUUUUUGGGAAGCUGUCAAAUUAGCGUGAAGGAUGCUGUGAAACAGAAGUUCAUUGAUGAGUGGCUGCCGUUGGAGAAAGUCAAAUCUGGCAAACUUCAUGUCAAGUUGGAAUGUCUUUCACUUCUUGCAGACUCUUCCCAGAUUGAUCAGGUGCUGAUGAUGAACAGCUUGAAUCAGCCAGCACACAGCGAUAACUUUUCUGCAGCUCUUCUCUACGUCUUUAUAGAAAGAGCCAAUGGCCUGCAGAUGCGGAAAGGAGACAAAAAUCCAUCACCGAGUGCAGAGUUAAAAAUAAGGAAAGACAUAUACAAGACCAAGGUUGCUCAAAAUACCAAUGCACCAGCGUGGGAAGAAAGCUUUGUGUUUCUCCUGAAAACUCCUCACAGUGAGGAACUGGAGCUUAUGAUUCGGGAUGAGGGUAAAGGCUCCCUGGGUUCUCUCACUGUACCCCUUGUUGACCUCCUGAAAAAAGAAGAUCUUACCAUGGAUGGUUGGUUCCCCCUGAAUACCUCUGGCACUUACAGUGAAGUUCUCAUUAGAUUACAGAUGAGGGUUUUGGUUUCUCCCAGUCCCCUCAAAGAGUCAGAAGUGGAUCCCAAGCAGCCUACUAUCGAAGACAUUAGCCUUAAUAAACAGUCUACAGAGGGGGAGCUGCGCCAGAGGCAGCAGCUUACAAACAGUGACAUGGAGUCCAGUGCCUCACCCUUUGGCCAGUUAUGUUUGACUCUGUAUUACCCUGCAAAGGAUGGCAGACUGGUGGCUAUAGUAUCCAAAGGCAGAAAUCUCUGCACAUCCGCCAAGGAGCCGCCAGAUCCUUACCUAUCAUUUGUCUUGCUUCCGGACAAAUCCCGAUCAACAAAAAAAAAAACCAGUGUUAAGAAACGCACCCACAAUCCUGAGUUCAAUGAAAAAUUUGAAUGGGAAAUGUCACUAGAAGAGGCUCGAAAAAGAAAACUUGAGAUAUCUGUCAAAAACAGUGUUUCAUUUAUGUCAAGGGAAAAGGAGCUGCUUGGAAAGGUUCUGAUUGACCUUUCUGAUGUGGACCUGGCAACAGGACAGAAUGGCUGGUAUGAUGUGGGACCUGAAAACACAAGCGUCUGAUUUGGUUCCAUUACUAUGAAACAUUUUGAGGGAGCGCUCCCAGCCUGGCCAUGAUUCUGUCCUAUCCCACCAAACUCUAUGGAAGCUGGGACGGGUGUCUGCAAAGCCUGCUGUAUUCUGCAGUCAAUCAUAACCUUAAGACUGUACUUGUCUACUGAGAUUUGUACAGAUAUAUGGGAAAAACUCUAGGCACAGCCUAUAAGAGCUGCCUCUGAUGCUCCAUUCCAUCAGAAACCUAUCCAAAGACUGCUUAUUUGUAGUUGUUGCUUCACAAGAUAAAUAAUGGCUAACAUACUCUCUUCAGAAGUACAGCUUGAACUGUCUGUAUUGCUGAUUUGCAGUUGUAGAGAAAUGCUUAAUGAUAUGGCAUAUACUUGCUGCUUCACCACAAUACCAAAUCAGUAUUUUUUACUUUGCGCAUCCUUUGUUUCUUUUGUGAACUGUAAAAAUUGAAAAGUGCUAGGUGUAUAUGUUUGGCUAAAUGUACACAGAACCUGAGUUCUAGGCUAAAGAUUGUCUCUCGCGGAUGUUAACAGACCCCUGGAGCUAAACAUUUUAGUCCAUUGCAUUUAAAGCUUUUUGUUUACAUGUUUUAAGCAUUUUAUACUUUGUGACACUUGACAGUGUGAUUUUAUAUUGAAAAAGCAGCUUUGUUUCCUCAGUCAUGUCUUCAUAAUUGUAUCGCAGCCACAAGCUAGUGAUAUUUAUGGCUUCAUAUUGGAACUACAGUCAUUCCUAUGUAGCAAAAGUGUGAAACAUUCCUAAAGCGUGUUUAUAGGGAUUAUGCCCCCCUGUCUGAACUAUAUUGUCACCCUGUUUCCUGCUCUCUUCAUUAUAUUCAGAUAUGUGAGAAGCAGUUUCAUUUGUAGCUAUCCUUCUGCUAGCUAAAUGGCUAUAUAGGUCACUGAGUAGGACUCUGCACACGGUAUAUGUUUUCUGCUCCAUUUUACAGUAAUUUUUUUUUUCUUAAAUCAGACUUAAAAUGUCUGUCAUUGUCUUGUUUGGGCUGCUGCAAAUUUGUUUUACACAACUGAGCUACAAGUUUUAUUAGUUUUAAUUAUCUUAGAAAGAUUUUUUAAAAGACAGUUGCAGUUUUUGCUGUGUGUGUCUUCGCCCUUGGGGCUCUUACACACAGGCGUUUUGCUCUGCGUUCUCGUGCAGCAAAUCUCUCCUGCACUCUAUUGCAGGGGUACAAAGGACGAAAUGCAGCCCAUUCUUCCUGAUGGGGUUUGUACUUAUUCAGACGCAUACAAAGACUGAACAAAAGUAGAAUGCAGCUUGAUGUGUUCCACCUUCGUUCAGUACUUGCAUGCACCUGAAUGAGUAUAGUCCCAUAAGGAAGAAUGGGCUGUGUUUCUUCCUGUGCUCCCUUGUGGUGGAACAGAGGGUGAAAGCCCAUGUGUCUUCGCCCUUAAUUGCAAGUAAGUGAACUCCAAUCUGCUUGCUUUCCUCCUUCCCCAGAAAUGUAUCAUAAUUACAUAGCUGGGAUGAAAGAAGUCACUUGCAUAUCAGGUUAAACUCUUGAAUGUACUAGCCAGCAUCACCAAAGGAAGCCCCAUAGCUAUUGCCAAUUGUGCCUCUAAAACAGGAAAAAGAAUGUUUCAUGUUUACCCCCUGUACAUAGUUACAUAACCAUAAUUGUGUCUGCCAUUAAAGUGUCUUGCAGGGAGAGGGAAAUGAAGGAUUCUUAUACAACACAUACUUUUGUUUUCCAGUAACUUGCCCACUAGGAUAGUGCCUUCACCAUAAUUCCAAAGCUGUUCUGAUCAGCUGCUGCCUGCCUGUGCGAAUAACUGGCUGUUGCUUUCUGCAGUGCCAUCUGCUUCAUGCUUUAGAAGCCAAAUGCUAAUUCUGAUAAAUGCACCACCUUUACAUUACUUCAUAUCUAAUGAUGUUUGUAAAAGCCAGUUCAUUUCUGGUGAAUUUCUACAAAGUGAUCUAGAUUGGAUAACUAUUCUAUCGGCUGUCUUAUAUGGGCAUUGGCAUCUGGCACUGUGUCCUCUCUCCUGCCACUUUCUACUCUUAGGAAAAUAAAAUGUACAGUAGAAACCCCAUUUUUAAAUUUUUUGGGGGAACAGAAAAAAUGGUAUAAACUCCAGGAAAAUGUAAAAUUAGGGAAAUGCAUUAUACUUUAUAUAUUGGUGAGACCACAAAAAAACGGUGUAAAAUGAGGGAAAAUGUGAAAAUAGGGGUUGUAUAACUGAGGUUCCACUGUAUUUUGUUGUUAGUUUUUAUGCUAUUAGUGUUAAAUAAGUAAUUGGAGGUCGUGUUAAAGGGACAGCAAGAAUAUUAUUCACGUUUACAAACAUUUCAGAAAAUACUUUUUUGUUUUAGACAGCCACCGUGUAUAUGGUUUAAUUUUCCUGCUGGUGAAAUUCUGCUGACUUUGUUUUCCAGAGGGACCACUCACAUUUCUUUACAUCAUAUGUUACAUGUAUUCUGGACCAAUUUACCAAUCACCCAAUAAAUUUUCUUUCUGUGUCAAA